CUAGAGCUGUCAUACUGAAUGGUAUCAACCGUUUGUGAAGCCAACAGUUCACAUUGUGCUCAGAUGUCGGUGUGUUUUGUUCAUCAUUUUCUUGGUACCUCAGCUCUGCUCUACGACGAAGAAGGACAAAGAUCACGAGUUCUUCCCGUUAGUGCAGAACAGAGCUUUUAUAAAUGGCGAAUGGGUAGAAGCGCGCAGCCAGAUGACGUUCUCCGUGUUCACUCCCAGUAAUGGCUCCGAGAUCGCUGCCGUACCGGACAUGGACGCUGUGGACGCCGUAGACGCCAUCAAGGCAGCCUCCAUUGCCUUCAAGAACUGGAGCUCCGUAGCUUCCAAGGAGCGAGCCGCUCUGCUCAGACGAUGGUUCGACAUCCUGGAGCUGAACACGCUGGAGAUCGCCCGAGUUAUAGCACUGGAGUCCGGGAAACCUCUCCAGGAGGCUGUAGCGGAAGUGGCUUACGGCAAUGCCUUCGUGGAGAUGUUCGCCGGGGAGGCAACAAGAAUCAUGGGAGAAACAAUGACGAGUGGUGACAACACCAAACAGUAUUUUUACCUGAGAGAGCCGGUUGGAGUUGUCGCCCUGAUAACUCCGUGGAACUUCCCCCACACCCUGAUACUACGGAAGGCUGCAGCAGCGCUGGCCGCUGGGUGUAGCUGUGUGGUGAAGCCUGCGGAAGACACGCCUCUGACAGCGCUGGCCUUGGCCUCUACCCUUCAGCAAGCCGGCUUUCCCAAAGGGGUGUUUAACGUCAUAACAUCCUCUCGCCUCAAAACACCGAGUGUCGGUAAAGUCUUCUGUGAACACACAUCAGUGGCAGCAGUGUCGUUUACAGGGUCAACGAACGUAGGCAAACUGCUAUACAGUCAGUGUGCCAAUACAGUAAAAAGACUCAGUCUAGAGCUGGGAGGCAACUCUCCCUUCAUAGUGUUCCCCUCAGCUGACGUGGACCUCGCUGUUAACUCCGCUCUUACUAGCAAGUUCAGGAACUGUGGCCAGGUUUGUGUGAGUCCUAAUCGCUUUUUGGUGCACAGAAAACUCUUCAGCAAGUUUGUUGACCAACUAACGUGGAGAAUGAAGUAUGACCUGACGAUCGGCAGUAACUUCGACCCUUUAACAAACAUUGGCCCUUUGAUAAACCAAGGCCAGUUUACUAAGGUGAAACGGCUGGUGGAGGAUGCUGUAACGAAGGGAGCCAAACUCCACAUAGGGGGAAGGCCAGCCAACUACUGUGGUCCCCUCUACUACGAGCCUACCCUCCUCACCCGUGUUCACUCCAACAUGGACAUACUCUCACAGGAGAUAUUCGGUCCCGUCGUGGUGUGCAUUCCGUUUGAUACUGAAGAAGAGGCGAUCACGUUGGCACACGACACGACACAGGGUCUGGCCGGAUACUUCUUCACACAAGAUAUGGAGCAGAUGUGGCGAGUGGCUCGGAGACUGGAGGUGGGCAUGGUGGGGGUCAACGGUGCGCAGCUCUCCUGCCCUCAAGUGGCCUUCGGGGGCAUCAAACAGUCUGGCUUCGGCCGCGAGGGAGCUCACUUCGGCAUUCAUGAGUUCACCUUUGUAAAGACCGUCUGCUUCCAGAACAGCUGAUAGCAGCUGGAAGUUCUGUUAAUGGAACAAGGAAAAUAGUUCUCUCAAACCAACCAAAUAUUACACAUUUUAAUAAACUUUCAAUAAAUGCAUUAUCCAGUUUUAAAACAAUUCACAACCAGUUUUUACACCAAAGUAGUAAAUACAUUUAGGUCUUAUUUAUAACUGAAAUAUCGGAGACUUGUUCAAAUAUAAUUUAAAGGAUGUCUUGUUUUACCAGGUAAAGUGCUAAAAAGUUCUCUAUAAUGGCUUUUCCUGGAGCUGCUGUUCGGUAUCAUUGGUACCAAAUCUUUCCUUUCUAUGCCAUCGAUACCAUAUGGUACUGACUCACAUUUUAUUCUCUUGUGACGCCACAAAGUCUAAGACAUGGCCAAUGCCAUGCAUUGAGCUUUUUAGUGCCGAAAUAAGCCAAAUAUUAUGGAUAUUGUCUUAUUCUUGUAGCAGAUAUUUUUAUUUUAUAUAAAACCCAAAAAUAAGUUGAUUAAAAGUCAUUGUUUUUACUUUUUGCAUUAUUUUUACAAGUUGCCUCAUUUUUGUUGCCAGGCUAAAUACAAUUAAAACAUAUUUUCUCUUUUGUGUAAGAAUAGUAUGUUUUAAAUUUAUUACUAAUCUAACCAGUACAUGAAAUUUAGUACAUUUUGGAUAUUUUGGUUUCUUAUUUUCAGGUCCAUACUUUUGAGGUAACAGAAACAUUGAAAACUGUUUUGAAUAAAAAAAUACAAUUACUUUUUUUAAUAUUUUUGAAAUGAGAUAAGCACAAUUAAAAUCUGGCUUUAGCUGAAAAACCUAUAUAGAAAACUAUUGUUGUAUCAAAUGUUAUAUUCUCAGUUAUUUUUAAAAAAGCUUACAAUAAUUAAGAAAAUCUAUAGACAUUUUAGAAAAAGUGACGGGUAGUUUUAAGAUUAAAGGUGACUUUCUUAUAUAACCAUUUUAUAAACUUACAUCUUUCAUGUUGCUGCUUGCAUCUAAAAAUCAAAAUUUUCAAUAUAAAUAUUUUCUUACAGGUGAUCCUGAUUUAAAUCAUUUUUUUAUUUUAGUUUUGAUUUACAGUUAUUUUAGUCUUAUUUACUGAUUAUUAUGUAAGUCAUUGAAAACAGUGACUAAGUAUCCGCAUUGAAGCUUUAUUACCAACAUUAGUUAGUAAUGCACUAUAAUUGCAUCUCAAGUUUGCAAAUUUGUGUUCAUAUUUUGCUAUGGAUAGCAAAAGCGAAGUGGCUGUUUGCUUGCGGACCCAUGACCUCAUCAAAAAAUUGUUACCCACUGGUGAUGGAUCUUGGGUUUCUUAUGUCAGUGUCAAACAAAAAAAGACAAUCUAUGUAGUGGGGUUGCAUUUCAUCGCUACGAAUACUGCCGCUAUCAGUUAUGUGCGUAGGUGGCAGAAUUUUACUCAAUAGGUCUCGAAAAGCUUGUUCCUAGGUACGAUAAGUGCUUAAAUCUAAAUGAAAAAUAGCUAAAUAGAAAAAUAUAAUAUUUUAAGAGUUGUUCUUUCAAAUGUAUAUAAUUAAAAAGCUGUAAAAAUUA